CGCGUGACGUCACUGGACGUCAGCUGACAGCGAUCAGACGCAGCCAUAUUUCCAGCUCAGAGCUUUCGACAAGCAAGAUCUGUUGCUCUCGUGCCUUCCUCGCUUCACGCCAGUCAGCUGUUGCUGUGCUCUGAUCCCCCUCUCGCCUCUGCACCCGCCGCCCCCCUUCACUCGUUUCCACUCAGCUAUCUUCAUCCAUGGCGUACUACGAAGUCUGCUCCACUGACGCUCACUGCAAGCGCACAUUGCAGACACGACUGGAUGCCAUCGAGGAGGUCCGCGGGGUGCUGGAGAGUGAAGGCAUCGAGGUGCCCGGUGUUGUCGUAUGCGGUAGGGAGGCUGCAAGGUGGAAGAUGGGAGGAUAACAACAGGUCACGGCUCGGUGUUGUGUGCGUCUGUGUGUCACUUCUUACUCACGGCAGGUGAUCAGUCUGCGGGCAAGUCGUCGGUGUUGGAGCGCAUCAUGGGGGUGCCCUUCCCGCGAGCACAGGGGUGACCACUGCAGUGCACUGCACUGCACAGAUGGGUGGCCUGUGCACUUGCUGGCCUUCUUCUAUCUGUGUGACCGCACAGGACCUGCACCAAGACGCCGACGAUUCUGAUGGGCGAGACCGACGCAUCUGCCGACGGGGUCAGCGUGUGGGUGUCACUCAAGGAGGACAUCACCGACGCUGAGGAGUUGAACGACAUCAAGGACAUCGGGAACAAGAUCACCGAGCUGACGGACGACCUCGUCCGGCAAGAGGGCAGCGCCAUCGUCAACCGGCCCAUCUACGUAACCCAGUGCAGCGGGCAGCAGCUCUGUUGGUCUUGUCUUCGUCCAUCUCUGCUGUGCGGUGUGUGUGCGUAGGUGCGGAUCCGUGGCAAGAAUGUGCCGACUCUCACCGUCACCGAUCUUCCUGGCCUGCUGUACAACAAGAAGGGCGACGAAAACAUCCACGCCGAGGUCGUGGCGAUGGUCAACGAGUACAUCGAGAAGGAGAAGACAGUCAUCCUCUGUGUCGUGCCGGCGGGCGGCGACUUCCUGUCCACAUCAGAGGUGCGUCGGGCAGGCACACGUGCACCCAUAAGGGUAGCUGCACACUUUGUGUUGUCUUCAGGCCAUCAAGUUGGCCAAGGACGUUGACCCGGAGCGCCAUAGGACCAUUGUGGUCGUCACCAAAACCGACAAGAUCGAGCCCGGCGAGGAGGGUCGUCAUUUCCUCAAGUCCAUCAAGCAAGGCCAGGACGAGAUCGGCGGCAAGAAGCUCAAGUGCAUCGCCCUCCGCAACAGAAAGCCAGAUGAGGUACGGCAGACGAUACACGGUGUCAUGCAUGGACAAUUGUGUGCGCAGAUCGUCCUGGACAUUGACGCUGAGCAAGAGGAGGCGGCCUUCUUCGAGCGGCAUCCGGACCUGUGCAAGCUGCUCAGUGAAGAGUGGGGCAUCACGACGCUCGUCAAGCGCAUCACCGACAUACAGGUCGUCUACGUGGACGAGUUCAUGAAGGACAUCAAGGGGAAACUCACCGAGAGUAAGUUAAGCACACCAGGGCGGAUGAUGAGGGGACCACAGCGGCUCCUGUGUCGGGUGUGUGUGUAUCGUCAAUCAGAGAUUGAGUCGGUGACUGCUAAGCUGGCCACGCUGCGGCCUCCGUGUGUUGACAUCAAGGACAAGAACCGCUGCAUGAACGACAUCCUCAUCGAGCUCGACCAGCUCCUCAAGCAGGUCAGACACCUGACUCCCACACGUCCGCACCACCGGACUCAUCAGAUCUGCCUUGUGAUGUUUGUUGUCCAGCGAGGUUCUAUCCGGCUGAGUGAUGGAGAUGACCGCGACUCGAUUCAGUAUGGCCUUCGUGAGCGUCUUGAGGACUACGCAAAAAGAAUGAAGAAUAUCGACAUCAACUUCUUCACAGAAGACAUUUACAAACAGGUACGUACAAACAGAGGCACAUCCCAUAUAGACACAGCCACGGACACGUUGCGGCCAGGUGCUUGACCGUCUGGAGCGUUGUUGUGGGUUCGAUGCGCCGCCCGAGCUGCCGCAUCCAGAUGUGUUCCAGGAGAUGUAUGUGGACGCUUUCGAGCGCAAGCUGCAGGUCGAACACUACUCGCGCAUCCUCGCGGAACACGCCUGCGGAUUCAUCAAGGUGGGCCAGCAGCAUCCACACUCGGGAGGGAGAUAAUGGCAACCAGUAAGUAUGCGCUUUCGUGUCAGUCUGAGUUGGACAUUCUUGUCGAAAGCGUUGCUGAUGCGUUCCCUUCAUUCGUCGAUGCACUCCAGGUGAACGCAGCGUGCCUUCUUAUGGGCAUGGAGAAGUGCGUGUCUGUCUGUCUGUCUGUGUGUGUGUGUGUGUGUGUGCAGGGCAAGAUAGCGUCGCUGCUAGACAGCAAGAAGCAGGAGGUGCUGUCCGCCAUCGGAUCGCUCAUCCGCAGCCAGGGGGCCGUCUUUACUGCCAACCAAGUCUACAGCGAGGUAGGAUCUUCUAAGGCUGCGCAGACGAGCCCCUCUUUGCCUGAUGGGUCGCCCUUGCCCGCUGCAGAUGGUCCAGAAGGGCCUGGCUGGUGUGCUGUCGGACAACCACUUCUGGACCAACACCAGGAUCGGGCGGAAGAUGUCGAUGAAGGUCUACAAGCAAUCCAACCAGCCCAUCCUCUUCAAUCAGCUGAAUGAGUGGUGGAACAUGGGCCGCAAGUACCAGAGUGCCGUGACAAUUCAGGUGUCGCUACACUUCUACGUGACCACGAUGCUCGACCGUGUGGCCGACGACGUGGCCCUCAUGGUGAGUGAUGCUUUAUUCUUUGUUGGCGUGUGUGGAUUUGUGAUGCUUUGAUGGCUUGUAUUGUGCUGGUUGGUCGCAGGUGCAUCGGUUCCUGUAUGCCGAUCUGCGUGACACCUUCCUCACCGACAUGCUCGUCGCAUUCAGGUGUGACUAGAUACAUACCAGAGUGUGGCUCACUUGAGUGUCUCUGUCCAUAUGUUUGGUGCUCAUCUGUUCUGUCCAGGGACGACAGUUUGGUUGACGAGUGCAUGGAGAUGGAGCACUCGAAGCGACAGGCAUACGAACUGACGAGCUGGUCAGCAGCAGCGGCCGUCAAGAGGAUCUGCCACACACGGCGUGGAGGAUGUACUGUGUGUGUGUAUUGCAGGAAGAAGGACGAGCUGAUCAAGGCCAUGAUGACCCUGAGCGCGUCGGCUCCUUCGGCAGACAGCCUCACCAGACAGCGAGGCGCAUAGAUAGACAACCACAACACACAGCAGAGGCGGCCGUGUUUUUGAGCGGCCGUGUUUUUGGGCCUCUUGCUGAAGUUUUGUACAUACGUUGGCAACUACUGCGUGUACUAGAUAGAUGUGUCGGGUGCGGUGCGUGUGUCCCUUUUUUUCCUCGAUGCAUGGUGCUGAUGCAGGCAGGUAGACGUCAUUAGUGCGUCCUCAACUUGACUGCUGUGGCUCUUUGAUUGAUGUCGUUGCUUUGCAUGCGCUGGGCGUUCUGCUGCAUGUGUGGCAACAGUGUAUAUUUGUGGCGGGUGGAGGGAAAUCUGAGCGCUUUUGUGGAUGUUCGUGUGUGUGCUGGGGCAAGCUGCUUUAUGAUCAUGGGAGACUUAGUCGCAUCAAAUGAAGGUCACACGGC